AUGGCUGACCAUGAAGACAUCACCGAACGCUACCCAGUAGCCGUUGUUGGUGGUGGGGCCAUCGGUCUCUCGGCUAGCAUCCUGCUUUCCCAGCGAAACAUUUCACAUGUACUCUUUGAGCGACAUCCGGGCACAUCGAUUCAUCCGAAGGCAUGUGGUAUCAAUCAAAGGACAACAGAAAUCUUCCGGGUCAUGGGCAUUGAGCAAGCUGUUCGCGCUAUUGCAUGCCCGGACGACGUCAAAGGUCGGACUGCCUGGUAUACCGGCCUCGGAGAAGACGGUCGGGAGAUUUGUAGCAGGGAUGCAUGGGGAGGCGGCGUUUAUGCCGACGAGUAUGCCACUUUCAGUCCUACCCGAUAUGAAAUACUCCCGCAGAUCAGGCUUGAGCCGGUGCUAGUCGCGCGUGCAAAAGAGUUAAACCCGGCUGCACUGAGAUAUCGCUCGGAGGUCACCUCGCUUCGUGAGGUAGAGGACGGAGUUAUACUCACAGUUCAAACCGAGGAACAGGCUGUCAAGAAGGUCUUCGCUCGGUUUGUGAUUGCUGCCGACGGUGGUAGGAGUAUCACAGAUCAACUCGGCGUGCCUUGGCUCGGCAAACGUGACAUUUUGAAGAUGGUGUCGGUACACUUCCGUGCACCCAUCAGGUCUCUUCACCCCGACCCCAGAAAUUUCAUGACCUGGCUCACUCAUCCCGAGAAGGGCGGGAGUGUGAGAACAGGAUAUUUGUACCAGAUCGGUCCCUGGCCGUUUGAUAGUCCAGAGGCACGGAAGAGCGAGGAGUGGGUGUUUGGCUUCGCUAUCGCCGGCUCUGACCCUACCAAAUUUGACCAAGCAGCAAGCAUAGCUCGGCUGCGCAGCUCACUACGGAUCUCGAAUCUACCAAUAGAGGUCAUCACCGUUAGCCAUUGGAACGUUCAGUGUCUUUCAGCCGAAAGAUACCGAGUUGGAAGGGUAUUCCUCGCUGGCGAUGCCGCGCACAAAAUCCCGCCGUUUGGUGCAUUAGGAAUGAACACAGGUAUUCAAGACAUAUACAAUCUUGUGUGGAAACUCGGAUUUGCUCUGAAGGAUGAGCAAGCAUGCGAGGGUCUUCUUCAGAGCUAUGAUACUGAGCGUCGGCCAAUAGGCCGCCGUGUUGGAGAGUCAAGCCUACACAAUAUGCUGUCCCAUGGCCUUGUUAUGGACGUGGCUUUGGGAAUGAGUCCGGUGAAGUCACAAGAAGAGAAUGCUGCAGCAAUUUCUCCUUUCUUUGACAAGACACACCCUGAGCAUGCCGAGAAGGUGAAGGCAGUAGACAACGCCCAGAAAGUUUUGGACUUGGAAUUCAAGGCCCCUGGGGCGGAAGUCGGCUGGUUCUACCCGUCAGUGGAUAUUGAUGAGGAAGGCAAAAUAGACAACCAUGGGGGCCAGCUUCUCGAGAACGGAGACCUCAACUCGGAGUUCUUUUUCCCCUCUAUCAUACCUGGUCAUCAUAUACCGCACGUUUGGCUGGAGAAGGCUGGAAUUAUUAUCGCUAUACGUGAUCUCAUUCCCCAAAAUAAUUUUCUGCUAAUCUCCAGUGAGGCGAUAUGGGAAACCCUGGCAAGUGAGAACGUUAAUGUCGAGCUGAUCGGCGAUAGCCAUUGGAGAGAUAUCACCAAUCAAUGGCCUAAGUAUUCAGCAGGUUACGGGGCUGUCCUCGUGCGACCGGAUGGCAUCAUUGUCUGGCGCGGAAAUUGGCAGCAAAAUCUGUUACAGAACUGGCCAAAUGUCUUAGCUAGGGCUCUAUUCCAGAAAUAG